AUGGGGUUUCUAGCCAAAAAGACCUUGGAUGAGGUAUUCAAAGGACACGGAAUACCAACUAGAAGUGGGCUGAAAGUCUUUUUCGAGAAGAUUGCUCAUUGUUCAAUCAUGCGCCUAAAUGAGAAUUCGAUGGAUAAGCUUUUCGACCUAAUGAUGAUGUCCUACAAGUUUUGUUUGAUGAAAAUGACCAUGCCCGAGCAGAUCAUGACGAUUACUGUAAACCAUCUAAGAGCCCUUUUGGACCUGGUCCCAUUGGAUAAAGAGAUUGGGAAUGCUGUAGAACAUGCUUAUACCAUGACAUUCACAUUCUAUCGUCCACUCGGACCCAUGGGAUUCUUUAUGCUUCGCAAUUCGUUGCUAUCGUUUUUCCAAGAUUCUCGUGUCAAGGUUUCGACAUUUCUCAAAGACUCCAAACAACUGCAAAAUGGCCGAUUUGUGGUUUAUGACAAAAAUGUGCCGAUUCAAUUGAUGAUUGGCGGGCAGCCAGUGGGAUUGACAAAGGCAAGUGAUGGGCAAGGGACGAGCAAGAGCUAA